AUGAGAAGUUACACUCAAGCGAAGCACAUCCCAAGAAGUGUGUUGUGGAGACUGAGUGUCCAAUUGGGGCGACAGUUGAGCACAAGUUGUUCACUCGGGGCCAAACUAUGCGCGGAUGUGAUGGAGGCGGUGGGGGGUGUGAGGGACGGGUCGCGAGUGUUUGUCGGGGGGUUCGGUCUCUGCGGGAUUCCCGAGAACUGCAUCUCAGCUCUGGUGAGUCGAGGGGUGCGGGACUUGACGGUCGUCAGCAACAACGCCGGCGUCGAAGACUUCGGACUCGGAUUACUGUUGAGAAGCAAACAAAUCAAACGAAUGGUGUCUUCAUAUGUGGGCGAAAACAAGGAGUUCGCCAAACAAUACCUGUCCGGAGAACUGGAGCUCGAGUUCGUACCGCAGGGAACACUCGCGGAGAGGAUUCGGGCCAAAGCGGCAGGAAUUCCCGCCUUCUUCACCCCCACCGGUCACCAGACUUUGAUCCAUUUGGGAGGAACUCCUGUUAAAUACAAUUCCGACCACACGGUUGCCAUUCAUAGCGCACCCAAAGAGGAUAGGGUAUUCAACGGGAAGUCAUAUGUAUUGGAAGAGGCAAUGAGUGCCGACUUUGCAUUAGUGAAGGCCUGGAAGGCCGACAAAGCGGGUAAUCUGGUGUUCCGGAAGACUGCCUCCAAC